AAGUCAAACUCCACGGAACACGUGGGCCAACUGUAAUAACGACACCCUCACUGCUCUCGACCGUCCUCUGCGCUACUGAAUCCAUCUGCAAAACCUAACUCGCCAAGUUCCGGAUUCCCAGUCGAGUUAACUCAAUUCGAGUCCAUGGACACUCACUCUAACCUAACCGUACCCAACCGUUCUCGCAGCUCCCAGUCUCCGUCCCCCUCCCACUCUGCUUCCGCCUCCGCCACUUCGUCCAUUCAUAAGCGCAAGUUGGCAGCAGCUGCCUCUGCGGCGUCUGAAGACCGCGCCCCUCCAUUUCCUCCAUCUUCGUUUUCUGCUGACACUCGAGAUGGAGCACUGACGUCCAAUGACGACCUGGAGAGCAUCUCGGCCCGUGGAGCAGACUCUGAUUCCGACGCUGACGAUUCGGACGCCGUCGUUGACGACGAUGAAGACGAGUUCGAUAAUGACUCAUCUAUGCACAUGUUCACCGCUGCCCGUCUGGAGACUAAUGCUGGAUCCUUGGCUGCUAGCGCUGGUUCAGAUGGAGGAGGCGGAUCAUCGGCACGCAACACGAAGUUGAAAAUGGCAAAUUCGACAGUGAAGAUUGAAAAGUCGGAUAGCGGGAAGGAUGAAAGAGCUACUGGGAAUGUUACUUUGGGGUCUACAACCGCGGGCAGUUCCGCAGCUGGGAUAGGUGCGAAGGAGGACGCUGUAAAGAUAUUUACCGAGAAUUUGCAAACUAGUGGAGCUUAUACUGCUAGAGAAGAAAGCUUGAAGAGAGAGGAGGAAGCAGGAAGACUCAAGUUUGCAUGUCUUUCAAAUGAUGGCAUUGAUGAGCAUAUGAUUUGGUUGAUAGGAUUGAAGAACAUAUUUGCCAGGCAAUUGCCCAAUAUGCCUAAGGAGUAUAUUGUCCGUCUUUUGAUGGAUAGAAGCCAUAAAUCCGUAAUGGUUAUCAGACGUAAUCUGGUUGUUGGUGGCAUCACAUAUCGUCCAUACGCCAGCCAAAGGUUUGGUGAGAUAGCUUUUUGUGCAAUCACAGCAGAUGAACAAGUAAAAGGUUAUGGUACAAGAUUGAUGAAUCAUUUGAAGCAGUAUGCACGCGAUAUGGAUGGGCUAACACAUUUUCUGACCUAUGCUGAUAAUAAUGCUGUUGGUUAUUUCAUCAAACAGGGUUUUACAAAAGAGAUUUACUUGGACAAAGAUCGAUGGCAAGGAUAUAUCAAAGACUAUGAUGGUGGUAUUCUUAUGGAGUGCAAAAUUGAUCAAAAACUCCCGUACACUGAUUUAUCUACUAUGAUUCGUCGUCAAAGACAGGCAAUUGAUGAAAAGAUUAGGGAGCUAUCUAAUUGUCACAUUGUAUAUCCUGGAAUUGAUUUUCAGAAGAAAGACGCUGGAAUUCCUAAGAAGAUCAUCAAAGUUGAGGAUAUUCCUGGCUUGAGGGAGGCUGGAUGGACUCCUGAUCAAUGGGGCCAUUCACGUUUCAAUGCAUUUAAUACUUCUACAGACAGUGCCAUGAAUCAAAAGAAUUGGACUGCAUUCAUGCGCUCACUUUUAAAGUCGAUGCAUGACCAUGUUGAUGCUUGGCCAUUCAAGGAUCCAGUUGAUGCUCGUGAUGUCCCUGAUUAUUAUGACAUCAUCAAAGAUCCCAUGGAUCUGAAGACAAUGUCAAAAAGGGUAGAGUCAGAGCAAUACUAUGUAACUUUUGAUAUGUUUGUUGCUGAUGUGAAGAGGAUGUUUGCCAAUGCGCGCACGUACAACUCACCUGAUACCAUCUAUUAUAAGUGUGCAACCAGGCUGGAAAGUCAUUUCGAAAGCAAAGUUCAAUCAGGUUUCCAGUCUGCUGCCAAGAUUCAGCAGUAACAACGUGGGCGAAUGUUCAUAUGGUCACUUUUAAAGAGGUUAAUUAUUCACCAGAUGUGUUUCACAUAGCUUCUGAAAAUGUAAUUUUUUGUGCAUCCUUGUACGAUGCCUGCUUGAGCUGUGUGCUUCAUUGUUACUAUUUAUUUCUCUUUUCUGUUCUCCCCAAAUCAUGUAUGCUGUACAUUUUCUAUUCGGAGAUGACGUGUUCGCCUGUUGUUUGCUUCUAAAGCAGCUGUGUUUUUUUUUUUAUAAAAAAAAAAAGAAACCUUCUCCCA